AUGGUGGGGCCAGUCAUCAAUGGCACGCUUACCGUAACGGAGGCCUUGGCUCUUUGUAACGAUCCUACCUCAUGGGUCGCCAAGAUCCAGGGAGUCCGCCUAGGGAAGGAGGUGGCGGAGCGGCUUUUUGGUUACAUCAAAAGCCUUUUUGCAACUCAGCAGUCGACGGUCAGCAAUCUCACGGCAGACGAGAAAGAAAUCUCAGCUCAGCUCACAGCGGAAAUUUGGAAGCGAUAUAAAGCGGGUACUCUGGGCCAACCGACCCCGUUUACUGAUGGCGUUGACACGGCGGCUGCGGGUGCCAGUGUGAAGAAUAUUCCUAAGGGCAUCACGGACAAUCCUACGUCGGCAGCUUCUGCCAGCUCUGGCCCCGCGGAGUCACUCUUCGAUCGCAUCAACUACCUGGAAUGCUGGAAUACAGCGUUGCGAACGAUCCAGACUGCCCAGGCACAGCGGAUGAUCAAAGCUCUGGAUGUCAUCGCCGAGCAGCUCGGAGACGGGAAUUGCAUCGCUGUGAUGGGCGCAAGUGGUCCCGAUGGCUUUGCCCGACCUGUAUACGACUUGGUCAGAAUGAAGAUCAACAAGGUCAAUGCGGCGGGCCGCAAGAAUCAUCGCUUCUUCAUCUACCAUAACUCCAACAAUUGGCACCAGGCGUUCGAGAGGUUGACAAGCGAAAAUCCACUGCCGUCGGAAUUUAUCAACAAUCCCUGCGACGACCUCGACCAUGCUUGCCUGUUCAUGCGUGAAGUCAGACAGAAGCUCCUCGCGAAAGAUGAAAAGCGCGAAAAGGGCAUUAUAUUCCACCUACUCAUCCCAUCGUGGUCCAAGCUCCAGAUCAAGGAGCCGCUGCAUUUUCCUGAGGACCUCUACCCUCUGCAAAUUGAGGGGCUGAAGCACGGUGGCAAAAACCAGGUCGAGUUGAAUCUCCCAGCAGCACCCGCUGGACUUCUCCACGGGGUCUCGAAUGUUCUUGACCCCAACAACUGGAACACAAUUGCAGGGGGUGCCGGUGCCGUCGUCACAGCGCCAGCCGUAGGCUGGGGGGUAAACGGCGCAUGUCUCGCUCUGGGCCUCGGUGUUGGCACCCUUACAGGAGCGGGGCUGUUUCUGGCUAUCCCGCUGUGGGUGGGAACGGCGCCGUUCGCUAUGGGCAAGUCAGCUCCGGUCAUUCACGACACCAUUUACGAUGCGCUACGUGAAGAGGACCCUAGGGUGCUAGGGUCCAAUGAGCGCUUGCAUAUGCCGCAACCGCGUUUUUAA